CUGUGGGCGUCCCCUCCUCUCCCGAGCGCCCGCUGCGGGAGGCGGCUGUGCCGUCCCCGGCCCCGCUGCCUCCGUGACGAUGCUGUCCUAGCGAGGGAUGAUGACAGGGAGAGGAGGAGCGGGGCAGAGCUGCCGCCGCCGCCGGGAGCCCUGUGUCUCGCUCGCCUCCCCGGCACUUCCCGGCUCCCGCUGCCGGGCUGCGCAUCGCGCCGCCUUCCCCACGGGCGGCGGGGACGCGGGGCGGAGGGGCGGCCGCGGCUCUGUGGCGAGGGGUUUGUCCUCUCCAGGUGCUCUGUCCCCCGCCGGGCAGGGCUUGCCUCUUCCUCCUCCUCCUCCUCUGUCUCCCGCCUCCUUCCCCUUCGCACACGCCGCAGGACGAGGCCGGCCGGGAGCGGGAGCAGCCGCCGCCAGCACCGCCGCCUGAGGGGACCCUGACCAUGUCGAGCAAGAGCAGGAAGAGCAAGGAGCAGGGGAGAGUGACCUUCCCCCCGCAGCAGGAGGAGGAGGAGGAGGGGGCAGAGGAAGAGGAGCAGCAGCGCCGGCGCCGCGGCUGGAGAGGCGUCAAUGGGGGGCCGGAGCCCCCUCCGCCACCCCAAAGGGCCGUCAAAACCCUCCGGGAGCCCUACGGCUACUACCCGCCCCCCCCUUUUGCCAGCACCAUGUACAUCGAGGAAAGCCCAUCCCUGAGACGCAUGACCAUGAUGAGGGAGAAGGGAAGGCGCCAGGCCAUCCGAGGCCCGGCCUUCAUGUUCAACAACAGGGGCACCAGCCUGACGGCCGAGGAGGAGCGUUUCCUGGACGCGGCCGAGUACGGCAACAUCCCCGUGGUGCGCAAAAUGCUGGAGGAGUCCAAAACCCUCAACGUCAACUGCGUGGACUACAUGGGCCAAAACGCCUUGCAGCUCGCUGUGGGGAACGAACAUUUGGAGGUGACGGAGCUGCUGUUAAAAAAAGAGAACUUGGCACGGAUUGGAGACGCCCUGCUGCUCGCCAUCAGCAAGGGCUACAUCAGGAUAGUGGAAGCCAUCCUGAAUCAUCCUGGCUUUUCGGUAAACAAGCGACUGACUCUGAGCCCUUGCGAGCAGGAGCUCCAGGAUGAUGAUUUUUAUUCCUACGACGAAGACGGGACCCGCUUCUCUCCGGACAUCACUCCCAUCAUUUUAGCUGCCCACUGCCAAAAAUACGAAGUCGUGCACAUGCUGCUGAUGAAAGGAGCGAGGAUAGAAAGACCUCACGAUUAUUUCUGCAAGUGCAAUGACUGCACGGAGAAGCAAAAACACGAUUCUUUCAGCCACUCUAGGUCGAGAAUAAAUGCAUACAAGGGACUGGCGAGCCCGGCUUAUCUGUCCCUCUCCAGUGAAGAUCCAGUACUCACUGCUCUAGAACUCAGCAAUGAACUUGCCAAGUUGGCCAACAUUGAAAAAGAAUUCAAGAACGACUACCGCAAGCUGUCCAUGCAGUGCAAGGACUUCGUGGUCGGCGUCCUCGACCUGUGCCGCGACUCGGAGGAAGUGGAGGCCAUCCUGAACGGCGACCUCAACUCGGAGCCGGUGGAAGCGCAGCGGCACAGAGCCUCCCUGAGCCGUGUCAAGCUGGCCAUCAAGUAUGAGGUCAAAAAG